GUAAAGAAAGAGUUGAAGUGAAAACAUCUGUAUAUUUUUGUUUACUUUUGAAGAGCAUCGAAGUCAAAGCAACGGAAGUUUCAAUAAAUUCUUGAAUAUGGCAGCUGCUCCUAGAGAUUUAUCACCUUUGAUGAGAUGGUUUAGAAAUUUACUUUUAGGCAGAGAAUUCAAAAAUUCCCUAAGAUUUCAAGAUUUAGUCUCCACUAGAUCACCACCACCGCCAAAACUCCCAGAUGGUCCAUCACAUAAACUAUCUGAAAAUUAUUAUUUUACUAGGGAUGGCCGACAUUUAGCUCGUCCACCUUUAGUGCUGUUGGAAGAUGUAAAGAAAAAGGCUAUUACUUCUGGUGUCAAAGAAAACACUGAAACUAAAGCACUUGCUGGUAAAAAAGUAGGCCAGAUUACACCUGGAAAUCCAUAUGUCUGGCAUGAGGCUUCUGAAAAUGCUUCAGCUGCAUGAUUUCAAUAAAAUUAAGAAUAUCUUUAUGAUUAAUGUAUAGUUUCUUCAUAUAAGUUAUGAGCAGUUCAGUUAUAUGAGUAAAAUAAAUAUUGUUAUUAAAUCAUA